UGGCAAGUGUGCAGGUCAUUUCCACAUUCCUUGGCAAAUAGAAAUUCCAGAAACCAUGCGUUAUGCUCCAUAGGGUAGUUUCCCACUAUUUCAAAUCUUAUAGCUUAACUACCUUUGCCCACAACGUUCAACUGUGUGGCCUGCAAGGCUCAGUUAGAAAGAGCUCAUUAACAGUCAGAGAUUGCAGCACAAUGCAAAACAGAACUGACAAAUCCACAAAGGAAAAUACAGAAUGCCCCUUUAUGAUAUCCCACAUGGAUCACUUGGUCUUAACUGUCAAAAGCAUUCCAGAAACAAUCAAGUUUUAUGUGACUGCUUUAGGAAUGAAAGAAAUUACAUUUGGAUCAGGAAGGAAAGCUUUAGCAUUUGGACAACAAAAAUUAAAUUUGCAUGAAGCAGGAAAGGAGUUUGAGCCGAAAGCUGCACAUCCUAAGCCUGGUGCCAUUGAUAUUUGUUUUAUAACCAAAACACCUCUUGCAGAAGUUCAGAAACAUAUUCAACGCUGUAAUGUAGUCAUACAAGAGGGUCCAGUCCAGCGAACUGGUGCAAUGGGACCAAUUUUGUCAAUCUACUUUAGAGACCCAGAUGAGAAUUUGAUUGAGGUUUCCAACUAUAUUUGAUUGCUUUGUGAUGCAUCUGUCAUGAAUUAUGGUAUCAAAAUAAAGAUCAUCAUCAAGGGGACUGUCAAUCAAGAGUCA